UGCACCGCCCGGCAGUGCCGGGAUCUGCCGCCAUGCCCUCCCGCCACGCAGAAUCGGUUCCUCCUCCGCCUAAUGCUGGGGAGGAAGCGUGGGGUGAGAGCUGGGGAGCGUGAGCUGUGCCCUGCUGGGGAUCAGGCUGCUGGCCAGCCCGGGGAGGCACCGCCAUGGCCCGGCAGGAGCAGAGCUUGGCAGAGCAGAAGGUAGCUGGCACCGGCCAGAAGUUCUCCUUCCUGGAAGCUGCCCAGCCCCAAGCAGGGAGCCGAGCCCGCAGCUCCCAGCUCCGGUCAGCCACCCUGGGGAGCAGGGACAGUUUCUAUACGCUGCAGAAGAUGGACACCAACAAAAGCGUCAGCUGGGGCAGGCACAGCCUGGGGAGCUGGGGUAGGACUGCAGGCAGGUUCUCCAUCGGCCAUGGCAGUACCCGGAGGAAGGAGCUGAAAGAAAUCCUCCUACAGACCAACAGCCCUGGCAGCACCUUGCGGUUUGCCACCACUCAGAAGACAUCCAACAGCAGCAAUCUCCUUGCAGGGCCACACCAAGAGCAGAAGUCCGAGCAGAGUCCUGACCUGCUGCCCCUUGUCCUUGAUCCCCUGGAGCACGCGUGGCUGCUGACGGUGGCUGAGGGCGAUGCCGAAAGCAUCAUCAAGCUGCUGGACUUGGAUCCCAGCCUGCUGACCAGGAGAGACUUUGUGACGGGCUUCACCGCUCUCCACUGGCUUGCAAAGCAUGGCCACCAUGAGAGCCUCAUCCAGGUCAUCUCCCAUGCCCAGAAGAAAGGCUAUCCCGUCAACGUGAACAUUCCCACAGCCAGCGGCGGGCUCACCCCCUUGCACCUGGCUGCCUUGCAGGGACACGAGGUGCUCAUCAAAGUGCUGGUGGGAGCUUACGGGGCAGACACCAGCUGCAGGGACCACAAUGGGCGCAAGGCUUGGCAGUACCUGAGGGCAGACACCUCCAGGGACCUGAAGGAGCUGGCGGGGGCCUUGGAGGAGGACUUGGUCCAGCUGCGCUCUCACAACACCAACAACAACUGUAAGUCAUCUAAAGAGGCCAGGGCAGGGCAGGACUCUGUGGACUCUGGGGCCGAGGGGAAAGCCCAGCAACCCUGGAGCCUGUCGGCUCUCCGAGGCAUUGUUAGACAGGCAUUUGCUUUCUUCCAAGAGCACUGAAGAUCCUCUGUCCCCAUUCACCUGUAAAUCCAUGCUGGAUAGCAGCCAGAAGAGCCUGAAGAGAGCUGGGAACUUGGGUGCUUGAAACCCUGGCCAAGUGACGAUUAAACCACGGCACCUCAGCCA